AUGGGCUCCGCCGCCGAAGGAGAUAACAAUGGAGGAGGCCGCCCCAGGUCCUCGGUCCUCAAGAGCUUCAUCCACCGCCGUAACCAGUCCGAGGGGUCUGCGCUCUUCACGUCGUCGCCCUCCGUCCAGGUCACCACCACGCCCGCACAACACAUCUCGGCCGCGUACGCACAGCUGGAGGGCAGGAUGCCGCCCCCUCCCAUCCGCAGCGAAGGCUUGGGGGCCCUGGGCGAGCUGAACAACAAUUCGCAGCAGGACCCCAUCUUGCGUUCGCCCCGCAAACCAGAUAGCAACCGAGACCGAUCGCGCUCGCCGACUAAAUCCGCCUUCAGCAACAUGUCGUUCAAGUCCUUGGCAAAAGAGGCACGGAAAUCGCGCGACGUGUCCCCCGAGAAGCCAAAGAAGACGAAAUCGAGCACGAACCUGGCGGGCUUCCUCUCUCGACCCCGAUCGACCAUGUCUCUGAACAAGACCUCAAAGGAGGAGGAGGAGCGACGCCAGACUAAGGACAAGGAGAACCGCACACCCCCAAGCUCGACGUCGAGCGCCGAAAUGACAGGUCCGGCACCGCCCAUUUACGCACAAUUCUGCAGUCAAGACCUCGGGAGUAAUGGGCUGCAUGAAAAAGCGUCCUUCGACGCGGGUAGUGGACGUUACGGCAGCGACGCCUCGAGCGACGUGUCCAAAAAACAGAGGCCCAAGUCAUAUCAUCCGUCCACCGCCAUCUCCGAGCAUAAAUCUACAUCAGACCUUCGCAGCAGGCCAAAGAUGGACGGCCGCGAACCGUCUGCUUCGGAACGAAUCAAAAGCAAGGUCCAGCGUCCAAAGCUCUUCACGGCCUUUUCUGCCGCCGGGUCUAGCACCAAGUCAAAAGCUUCGGAUACCCCCGAUAAGCCCAUCGAUCCCAAAGAGAUCGACCAGCACCUGGAGGCCAUGCUUGAUCGGCGCAACAUCCCCGAGAACCAGCGCUACAAGAUGCGUAGCCUGGCUGAUACAAUCAAGAUGGAGUUCAUCCGACAGGACUGGGCGGAAAUGGCGGCCAAAGAGCAGGCGGGUGUCGUUGAUGCCAACGAGCCAACUUCUGCGGCGACCGGAGGCUCUGACCGAGAGGAGACCCAAUCGAAGCGUUCCCGCGGAAGAAGCUUCACGCUGUCGCGGAAAAAGGACCCAAAGGAGCCCGCGUCCCCGACGAAAAAGUCCAAGGGCGACAACACUUCCAUCGGUCGCCAUUUCCGAAGCAAGUCCACCGAGAGCGUAGUCAGUGAGCGGCCCGUUUCGGCGAGCUCGACGGGGAGUAACGGCAUCCUUUCCAAGAUCAAGUUUGGCCAGGGGCCGGGCGACUACGUUUCAUAUCUGCGCAAAGUGCAGAAGCCGGAACUGGUCGAGGUUGGGAAGCUGCACAAAUUGCGGCUGCUUCUGCGCAACGAAACGGUCUCGUGGACCGAGGACUUUAUUAAGCAGGGCGGCAUGGAGGAAAUCGUCGGCCUCUUGAAACGCAUUCUCGCCAUCGAGUGGAGAGAGGAACACGACGAUGCCCUUCUCCACGAAAACCUACUAUGCUUAAAGGCACUAUGCACCACGGCGCUGGCCUUGCAAUAUCUCCAUUCCAUUCACGAGGAGUUGUUUCCCAAGCUCCUUCACAUGCUGUUCGACCCCGAGAAGAAGGGUCCCAGCGAGUUCACUACGCGCAACAUUAUCACGUCAGUGUUAUUUACAUACAUCGAGUCGGCUGCUCCCAUGGAGCGCAUCGCUCGGGCUCAAAAGGUUCUCUCCUUUUUGCGCAACCCCCAACCCAAGGAAGACGAGAGACCGGUCGGUUUCGUACUGGAAAUGCGAAAAGACCGACCUUACACUGUCUGGAAUAAAGAGGUUGUCAGCGUUACCAAGGAGGUCUUUUGGAUCUUCCUACACCACCUCAACGUCAUUGCCCUGCCGUCCGAGAUGUCGACCAAGGGCGGGGCGCCGCUCGGCACAAUCACAAACGGCGCGCAAGAUCCGCACGCCUUCAUGCACAGGCACUUCCCCUCGGAGCGGCCCCCCGUCCCGGCGGCGCCCUACGUCGGCGGGGUGGAGUGGGACGCGACCAACUACCUCGCCUCCCACCUCGACCUCAUGAACGCCAUCAUCGCCUGCACGCCGACGGCGACGCAGCGCAACAAUCUGCGCAAUGAGCUCAAGAUUUCCGGGUGGGAAAAAGUGCUCGGCGGCAGCCUCCGGCUCUGCAAAGAAAAGUUUUACGGCUGCGUGCACGAGGCGCUGCGGUGCUGGGUGGCGGCCGCGACGGAAGACGGGUGGGACGCGCGGGACGUGCGGUAUGGUCCGCCGCCCGAGUCGCGGAGCUCGAGUCCGGCCAAGAAGAAUGGCAACGGCAACGCGGCGGGCCAAAAGGCCAAGAAGGCUGCUGAGGCGGCGCCCAAGAUUGAGAUGCCCAAGUUGGAUUUCGGGUUUGAUAAUCACCGUGUUACGCCCGUCAUCGAGAGGGACGUUUGGCUGUCAUGA